GUUUCUCUCGAGGAAGAACGUUUAGGAUUUUGAAGGCAGCAGACGAACGGAUCUCUCAAAAUAAAGCAGUGUCUCGUUUAAGUCUUUUGUUUUUGUUGCAUUUAAUUUUUCCUGAUGUCCGGUGAAGUGGAGGCGAGCACAGUGGAGCAGCAGGAGAUGCAGGACACUGUUGUAAGUCCAGAAAAAGCUGAAGAAGCCAAACUGAAGGCCCGAUACCCACAUCUCGGGACCAAGCCCGGUGGAUCACAUCUGUUGCGGAAAAGACUUCAAAAAGGGCAAAAAUACUUUGACUCUGGCGACUAUAACAUGGCCAAGGCCAAGAUGAAGAACAAGCAGCUCCCGACAGCAGCGGCGGAGAAGACGGAGAUCACCGGAGACCACAUCCCCACCCCUCAGGACCUGCCCCAGCGGAAACAGUCUCUGGUGGCCAGCAAGCUCGCCGUCUAGUGCGAGUGUGGACUCUUGUCUCACCGCCAUUCCUGCUGUCUCCAUCUCCAUAAUGUUUUGUCUUUCUUUUGCUGUCUUUUCUUACUCUCUUUGUCUGCGGCCUGUUAAAACGCUCACAGUUUAAUGUUUUGAUACUGCUGCUGUCAUUGCUCUUGGUCAGUUGUAUUGCGACAUCGAUGCCAAGGUUUAAACAUGGUAAUCUGGCCCAUUAAGUCAGAUUAUUUUAGGGUUUUACACUAUCUUUUGAUCAUCUUUUUGUCUUGAAAUAAGAUUUGUGUGAAUAGAUUAUAAGGACUGGACUUGAAAUCAUCACAACCACCUCUUCUGCCAAAACGGUGCCUCCUGGAAGAAACAAAAGGCCUCUUAGAUGUGAGCUGAUUGAGCUGAAGAAAACCGAAGCGCUCUUAGUUAAUUUGUUCCUGCUUGUUAAUGAAGAAAAUGGCCUUAAAAAUGUCUGUUUCUCUUG